UCUCUCUCUGCAACUUCCCGUUUCGGCCCAUUUGUAGAAACUCUCUCUUAGCCUGCACAUACCACCUACUCUCUCGCUCUGCGAAGCCUACUUUUCCCUUGAACGAAUGUCAUCUGCCUUUAUCUCUCUCGAAACGGCGAGUGCAGGAGAUAUGAGAGUUCUUGAUCCAGGUUUAAUCUUAUGGAAUUUUGUGAUCGGAGGAAAUGAUCUCAUUGGAUGAGCAACUGCUUUUGAUCGUUUAAGAAUUUAUUUGGUAAGCAAAACAUGUAUCACUGUCCCAAGUGUUGUUACAACACGUGAGUCACACGUGGACGUAAAAAAAUGCUAUGCACUUUCUCAGGGGAGCAAGUGAGAAUAGAGGAAGGUGGUGGUGGUGUAUCCGAAAAUGAUAUGUCUGUCAAGGAGGUUUGUGCAAAUGGGCUUUGCAUGAAAACAUCAGAGGUUGAGGCAAAGCUCGAUGAAGGGAAUAUUCAAGAGGCAGAGUCUUCAUUGCGGGAGGGACUUUCUCUUAAUUUGGAAGAAGCUAGAGCUCUUCUGGGCAGGCUUGAGUAUCAGAGAGGAAACAUUGAAGCUGCUUUUCGGGUAUUCGAUGGGAUAGACCUUCAAGCUGCUAUACAGCGGUUACAACCUACAAUUCCUGAGAAAUCCCACUCCAGACGAGGUCGCUCUCGUAGUGAAUCAGUGCAUUCGGUUUCACAACAUGCAGCUAGCUUGGUGCUUGAAGCCAUUUAUUUGAAAUCUAUGUGCCUCCAAAUGCUUGGGAGAGUAAGUGAGGCUGCUCAAGAGUGCAAAAGUGUUCUCGAUGCUGUUGAGAAGAUAUUCCCCCAUGGAAUACCUGAGAUCUUACUAGACAACAAAUUGCAGGAGACAGUUAGCAAGGCAGUCGAGCUCCUACCUGAUCUAUGGAAGCAAGCUGGCUCCCACCAAGAGGCGGCAUCCUCUUAUAGGCGUGCCCUACUUAGCCAAUGGAACCUCGAUAGCGAGUGCUGUGCUCGAAUUCAAAAAGCUUUCGCCGUAUUCUUGUUAUAUGGGGGUGUUGAGGCAGGCCCACCAAGCUUAGCUUACCAAACGGAUGGCUCAUUUGUUCCUAAGAAUAACUUAGAGGAGGCUAUCUUACUCUUAAUGAUACUCUUAAGAAAGAGUUUUCUUGGAAAGACUGAGUGGGAUCCAUCUAUAAUGCAACACUUUACAUUUGCUCUCUCUCUAUGUGGGCAGACCUCAAUUUUAGCUAAGCACAUAGAGGAGGUUCUACCCGGGAUAUAUCCUCGGUGUGAGAGAUGGAACGAUUUGGCCCUUUGUUACUUGGGUUCUGGACAAAGCAAGGUAGCAUUAAAUCUGUUAAGGAAAUCUCUUAACAAGAAUGAGAACCCCAAUAACCUUUUGGCAUUGUUAAUGGCUGCAAAGGCUUGCAGUGAGGACUGCUUGCUCGCUUCUGAGGGGGUGGGGUAUGCAGAGAGAGCCAUUGCAAUCUCUAAGGGAAGAAACCGAAGGCAUAUGAAGGGAGCGUAUCUUCGAUUAUUGGGCAAAUGCUUGGGCAAGCAAGCAAGAGUUGCUUCCUCUGAUCAUGAAAGAACCCGUUUGCAAGCUGAGGCUUUGAAGGCUUUGGAUAAAGCAAUUCAAUUCGAGAGGAACAACCCAGAGUUUAUUCUUGAUUUGGGGCUUGAAUAUGCAGAACAUCGAAAUUCUAGUGGUGCAGUGAGGUGUGCAAAGGAAUUUAUUGAUGCUACAGGGGGUUCAGUGUUGAAGGGGUGGAGAUUUUUGGCCUUAGUUUUGAGUGCUCAGAGGAGGUAUCCUGAAGCUGAAGUGGUUAUAGAUGCAGCAUUGGAUGAAACUGGGAAGUGGGAACAAGGGGCUUUGCUUAGAAUGAAGGCGAAGCUUAAGAUUGCGCAGUCUUUGACCAUGGAUGCAGUUGAGACUUAUCGGCUCCUCCUUGCUCUGGUUCAGGCUCAAAGAAAGUCCUUUGGACCUAUGAGAACAUUUAAUCAGGCCGAAGAGGAGAAUGUUAACGAAUACGAAGUCUGGCAAGACCUUGCAAACCUCUACUCGAGCCUCUCACAUUGGAGUGAUGCUGAGACAUGUUUGGACAAGGCACGAGCCCUAAAGUUCUACUCUGCGUCCACUUUUCACACAGAAGGAAUGAUAUACGAGGCUCGUGGGCAAAUUCGAGACGCGUUAGCGGCCUAUAGCAAUUCUCUCUCUAUAGACUUGAAUCAUGUGCCGUGCAAGGUUUCUAUUGGGGCCUUGCUGUGGAGAAGCGGAUCAAUGUCCUUGCCCGUUGCGAGGAGCUUUCUCUCUGACGCCUUAAGGCUUGAACCCACAAACCGAAUGGCUUGGUAUUAUUUGGGAAUGGUCCAUAGAGAUGAUGGGAGGCUAUCUGAUGCUUCCGAGUGUUUCCAAGCGGCUUGUAUGCUUGAGGAAUCGGACCCCAUUGAGAGUUUCAGUGUAAUCCAGAGGUGAAUGUUCUGUUCUCUCUCUAGAAAUAUAUGAUUUAUUGGUUUGCAUUUGAGCUGCAAGGGCUGCUCAAAUGGUGUAAGAGUAUGUAGAUUUUAUUGAUUUCACAAGACGACGUCUUGUGAGGCCAUUUCACUUAUACAACGACGUCCUGAAGCAUCCAUGGAUUGAGGUUCCUUUCCCCUUUUUGUAAAAUAGAUGUUAUUGUCUACGUUGCAAUGAGUGUGUAUAUUGUACUG